AUGUCUUCCUACGAUUCACCGCCGUUCAUUGUGGACUCGCACAUCCACCUGUACGAUGCGGACGCCCUGGACGGCCUAAGCUGGCUCAAGAAAGGCGACCAGCUGUACCGCCCAUCGAAUGUCAGCGACUAUGUGAACGCCGUCAACAACAAGCUGGAUAAGGUGGAGGAGGGGGUGGAGAAGGAGAAGGAGGACGAGGAGGGAGACAAAGAAGCUGAGGCCGACGAACCGCCGUCGGGUCCCCGUGUGGGCUACAUUUUUAUUGAGACCGACCGCAAGAACGGUACCAACGGCGACGACUGGACAGGACCCCUCGAGGAGGUGGCCUACCUGCGCCGCAUUGUCGAGGCCGAGGCCGAGGCCACCACGUCGGUCACCUCGACGCAGGCCCGCUGCCUUGCCAUUGUGCCCUGGGCGCCGGUCCACGCGGGGCCCGAGGCGUUGGAGCGCUACCUCGCCCAAGUCGAGGAGACGGCCGGCCCGGUGGUUUGGCCGCGCGUCCGCGGUUUCCGCUACCUGGUGCAGGACAAGCCGCACGGCACGAUGCUGACGGACGCGUUCGUCGAGUCUCUGAAGCUGCUCGGCCGCCGCGGCUUCUCGUUUGACCUGGGCAUCGACCAGCACCGCCGUGGGCGCACGCAAAUGGCCGAGGCGGUGGCGCUCGUCGAGAAGCUGCACGGGCCCGAGAGCGGGGUCGCAGAGGCUGACAAGGUGGUGCUCAUUGUCAACCACAUGGCCAAGCCCGACAUUACAGUUCUGACGCCGCACGCGGACCGCGGGUUCGCGGCGUGGCGCGACACCAUGUUCACGCUGGCCAAGACGAGCCCGGACCACAUCUUUAUGAAAUUGUCGGGCCUCUUCACCGAAGCGCCCCCGGCCCUCUACGCACAGGAGCCGACGGCGUUUUUCGCGGCCACGUACCCGUGGCUGGCCGUGCUGCUGGCUGCGUUUGGGGCGUCGCGGCUCAUGUUUGCCAGCGACUGGCCGGUGUGCACGCUGCCGUACGGCAAGAAGGACCCCCCGGCACCCGAGAAGCCGCGGACGCCGGGCGAGGUGAGCGCGUGGAACAAGUGGCGCAGCGUGGUGGCGUACCUGAGCUACAUGGCGACGCUGGACGAAGACGAUGUGGCGAUGCUGUGGGCCGGCACAGCUGUCAAGGCGUACGGUCUGGAAAAGAAGUAG